AUGGCGUUGCGGAAGCUAGUGUCCUCCGUUGCUAAAGUGAUCGAAACGCAGCCUUUGCAGAAGGUUAGGGUUGAACAAAUGUCCUCGACCAUGAAACGUGUGUGGGAAGAAGAGGUCAGCCAGAACAAACUCGGUGUUUCCCUGUUACUAGCCGCUGCAGGUCUGGUCGGUCACAAAAAGAGCGAGUAUGACGAUGUGAAAAAAUUGAGAGCACAGCUCCUUGAGAUAUUUGCGGAUAUUGAGAUCGUGAUGCUGCGUUUCGCUGCAAAGUCGGAAGCUCUUAAAUCUACCAAGGCGGAGGUAAUGAAGCUGAAGAGAGAAAUUUGGUUAUCUAAGGAAACAUGA